ACGUGCGUAUCUGGCUAUUUACGGCACCGAUUUGUAAGUAAAAAACUGUGACCGUUUUUUUCACAGCGUGCUCGAAGUCGGUGUGUGCAUCAUGGGACCUAAAAAGAAAACAAAUCUAUUUUAUGGUAAAGCUAAAUCUUAUUUAGUUUGUAAUUUUCCAAUACCAGCUCAUUUAAAUAUGGGCUGUAGAAAUGGACAUGUACUGCAUAUAUUGGCAACUAACAAUGAUUCAUACCAAGUAACUGUAGAACUAAUCAGUAAGUAUUUUAACAUCAACAUUUCUCCCAAUCAGAUUCUGCAACUAGUUAGAAAAUCAAAAGUCUUUGUAAAAGCUUUUUCACGAAAUUCAAAACAAUUUAUUGACAUCUGCAACAUGCUCUUUGAAUACCAACCAACAACAUCUGCUGUGACUCAAACAUCACAGUUAAUCACAACCUCUAAUCACAUUGCUACGUGUUCUUCAUUUUUUUCUCAGCAAAUCACUGUUUCGUCUCUAUCAAAUAGUGACUCUUCUCAAGAAUCAAUAUCCAGGUUGAGAGCUGACCAGGUUAGUCCCAGGAAAAAGAUUAUGAGAAAGACAUUAACCAUUUUGGAAAACGAAAUCGCAGUUAAAAAGAGAAAACAUAAAAAAGAUCUUAAAGGUUUAAGAGAAAAGGCAAAGGCUAGACCAUACAGAUUAAAAUAUCUAAAUCAAGUUAUUGCUCGUAAGGAAAAGAUAAUUCAUCAACUUAGAAAAAAAUUAAAAUAAAAAUUUUUUAAAUAUACAGUUAAAAAAACUUCAAAAUCAAAUUUUUUAUUUAAAACAACAGUUAACAUUCACCGAAACCAAGUUUUUUAAUCAAAAGACAAUGUUAUCCCAACAACUUGCUGACAAAAAUUCUGCAAUUCUUGUACUUCAAAAUGACAUACUGGUUUUACAGGAAAAGUUAGAAGAUAUUCAGCAAGUAACACAAAACACCAAAAAUGAAAAAUGCUACUCAGCAGAUAUCAGAACACUUAUAUAUGACAUGCUUGUGUGCCAAGUUCCUACACAUAGUGUGCCAUCUCUGCUCCAUAAAAUUGGAGAACAUACUGGCUAUCAAUUUAGUCAAAUUCCACAUCGGACAACUGUAGAACAAAUGAUGCGUGAGCUUGGUGUUCUUUCAGACUUACAGACUGCUGAGAUAGCAUUUACAACGAAAGAUCUGACACUUGGUUUUGAUGCAACAACCCAGGAGGGUGUUCAUGUAAAUGCUGUGCACUUAACAACCGAAUCAGUAUGUAUG